UACAAAGCAGUUUGCUAACUUACAAACGUGCACAACGUGCACAAGAAACCUGUAACUAACUAACUAAAAACUUAACCCACUAAGUAACCAACUAAUUAACAUAUGAAAUGGAUAACGUUACAAGAUUAAUUCAACACAGCUGUCCAACAUCACGCCAGGCCGUCAUUUGGUAUGAUAGCUGCGAACUCCGUUACUCCGACUUCAACUUCUUCGGCAUCCCCGACACAGCUGGAUUCAGCAUGAGCAAUCCCAACCAAAAGACGAGCUCUCGAGAGCCGUUUGCAGUUGUGGCUGACCUCGUGAAGGCCGCACCGCUCAACAAACCGCUAAUGUUUGCCUCGAAGGCGUUGGUGAACGACGACGACAAUAUUUAUGCGCUCGCUCAGUGCACUGUUGACCUUGGCGUCGAUGGCUGCAGAGAGUGCCUGACAACGAUAUUGGCUGAUAUCAAGAAUUGCUGCACGCAAUGGAGGGGGUGGCGGUACUUGGCGACUAGCUGCUGGGUGAGCUGUUCAGACUCCACUUUCCCAUCAAAUAGUCUUGCAAUAGUCGAAUCAAAUCUCAACAAUCUUCUGCAAAUUCUGACAACCAAUGCUCAGACGAGCGGUUUCUAUAACACCACUGUUGGAGAGAACCCAGACCAGCUCUACGGCCUAGCCCUCUGCCGGGGGGACCUCACCCCACCCAGUAACGAUUGCAAUACAUGCCUCGCCAAUGCUAGGGGAACCAUAAUAGGAGACUGCCCGAAUAACACACAAGGGAUCAAAUGGUACGAGAAAUGCCUCAUGAGAUAUUCCGACAGCAGCUUCUUCGGGGUGGUGGAUUUGGCUGGGCAGACUCUAUGUGGGGUUCGGCAGAUCAGUCAAGCUGCCAGUGAUGAGACGAUCAAGUUUGCUAGGGGCCUCGUGGAGCAAGCCUCGAAUAAUCCACUGAUGGUUGCCAGUGGAGAAGAGUCAGUUACUAGUCAGUCGUCGAGCUAUGUUUUGUUGCAGUGCACAAGAGAUCUUAAUAGUGAAGGCUGCAAGAACUGCUUAGAAACCGGGUUGAGCCAAGUUGGUGCUCAGUGCAACCAAACUAACGGGUGGCGAUAUCUAUCAGGAAGUUGCAUGCUGAGGUACGAGGUGUUUCCCUUCUUCAACACUUCGGCAAUAUCAACUCCUGGAUCUCCACUGAUAGCUUCUCCAUAG